ACAAAAUGGCGCCGAACUCAAAAUUUUGCACUUUUGUGUCGUGAAAGAUUUCUUAUUUUCUUGUGAUGUUUAUUCACUCGUACUAGUCCUGAGUGCAGUAAACAUGAAGUGUAUAAUUCCGGGAGCAAAUAUCAAAGUGUUUGGCAAGGCGAUCCAUUCUCUAUCAAAAAUAGGGGAGGAGCUGUACUUGGAACCACUGGAACACGGGUUGGCCCUGCGUACUGUGAAUGUUGCCAGGUCAGCGUAUGGCUGCUUCGUCUUCGCUCCUGAGUUCUUCUAUCACUAUGACAACAGCUGGAGCGGUCCGGAGGGAGAGAUGGGGGAGGAGGAGGAGACAUUCAAGUGUAAGAUACAGAUGAAGUCAGUUCUGGCUGUGUUCCGUUCCCUCCCCACCCUGGAGCGGACUGUGGAUAGGUGUAAGGUCACCCUGGAUGAAGGGCCAAGACUGGUCUUCCAACUCUACUGUAAACAUAGUAUAACAAAGACCUACAACUUGACCUUUCAAGAGUGUGAGACGUUACAGGCUGUUUUUUCCAAGGACCUCUGUCCAAAUGCCAUCACUGCACAGCCAAAACUGUUGACAGAGGUGGUUCAGAACUUCCAGGUGUCUCUAGAAGAGAUCACUCUCAUUGUCUCUCCUGAAAAGGUCAUUCUCAAAAACUAUGUUGAAAGUGAGCCAGACCCAAGCAAAGUCCUCCACACCCAGAUGAGCCUAGCUGCAGAGGAGUUUGACUACUUCCAGAUCGGUGUGGACACAGAACUAACCUUCUGUCUUAAGGAGCUGAGGGCCAUUCUGGCAUUUGCAGAGGCAGCAGGCAUGCCCAUCUCACUGCACUUUGAGACAAGUGGCAAACCUAUAGUAUUUUCGUUGGAGGGAGACCCAGCCUUUGAUUCCAACUUUGUGAUGGCGACCUUAGCUGACCUCGGCUCCACACAAGGCUCACAGUCUUCUCAACAACAAGCCUUGAACAGGCCUUCAACAUCAAAAACAAAAAGAACAGCAAAGAGGACACAACAGCAAACUAGGAGGAACGAAAGUGGAAUGAUGGAAAAUAGAAGAUUCCAGGAAAACAGGCAACCAAACAGAUCCUGUGCGGGAGGGGGGAGCUUCCUGCCCAUGGACAGCGGGUUUGAUGACAUGAUGAAUGAUGGGAUGGAUGAUGUCAUGGCCAUGGGAGCCAAUGAGAUGGAGGAAGCCCUGUCUCAGGAGGCAGCACAACAGAGGAAUGGUACAUCCCUACAUGAGGCAUCUCCGGAGAGGUCUGGAAGCCCAGAGAUCCCGCUGGAGUUAGGAAAGAGGCCCAGAGCUCAUUAUCCUGAGGAGAAGCCCACAUCACAUGACCAGUCACAUGAUGAUGUUUCCAUGGUGAUGGAAGAGGAGGAACAGGAGCAGGAGGACCUGGUUCCAGGCACACCUCCCAGCAAGAGGUUCCGGUCCAUGUUCUUUGGGAUCUCCUCCCAGUCUCAGGCCACACAAGCACCAACAGACACAGCUGAAGUUCUAUGUGAAGACACAGACGACGAGGACUAACAUGCUGAACUUGUCGUCUCAAUCUAUCUCCACUCAUUUUAUAAAACCCUCAGUGUAAAUAUAACAUGUACUGUAUAUAUAUUGAAAGAAUAAGGAAACAAUCUUUUUUUAGGAAAAUGUUCUAAAGGGACUGUUAUGUACUUUCCAAAAGUUACUUGAUUUGCCCAAGCAUUGAUAUAAUUAUUCUUCAGCAAUAUAGUGUUUCCAAGGUCAAAUUUGUUAGCUUCUUGUAUAGUGUAUAGUGCCAUAGUAUAGGUACUUUAUACCAGUAAAGGUGCUUUACUACAAGGAGAACUAUAAGGGGGUUAAAAAGGGACCUCCUUGGUAUCUAUGGAAGUAAAAUCUUCCCCAUACAUCAUUUAGUAUCCAUGGUUUAGAAUGGCAUAGUCUAACUAUUGAAUUGUGUAUAUUCGCCCAAAAGUAUUUUAUCAGUUUCUUGCUCUUGACAUGUAACCCUGACAUAAGAUGAUUCAGGUCAUUGUUAUAGAAAUAAAUUGAUGUUUUUUG